GUUUCAACAAGUUGGAGUAAUUUAAAUUUCUUAUGGGGACUGCAUUCAUUUUCCAAGAAGUUGGAUUGAUUCGAAUUGCUUCUGGGGACCGCAGUCAUUUUCAAGAAGUUGGACGGAUUCAAAUUGCUUCUAGGUACCACAAUGGACAUGUUGAAAACUAAAAUAUAUAUUAGAUCAACACUUAUAGCUAAAAGUGUCUCAGCAAGACUUGUCAGUGCUUGCUUCUUCCUCUAGAAUUUAAAGAGCAAAUCAUAUCUUUAAUUGAUCAUUGAUCAGAUGGAGAAAGAAGCCGAAAGUUACACCACCCAGCUCAUAGCAGGGGAUGGUACUUUUAAUGCAGACGGUCUUGAUAAUUUUAUCAAACAAGUUAAACUUGAAGAAUGUGGACGUUCAUAUGCGGUUGUUGCUGUCAUGGGUCCACAAAGCAGUGGGAAAAGCACACUUCUAAAUCUUCUUUUUCAUACCAAAUUUAGAGAAAUGGAUGCUUCAAUGGGAAGGAAUCAGACCACCCAAGGUAUAUGGAUAGCAAGAUGUACUCGCAUUGAACCUUGCACUAUUGUAAUGGAUAUUGAGGGAACAGAUGGACAAGAGCGUGGAGAGGAUGAUACUGCAUUUGAGAAACAAAGCGCGCUUUUUGGGAUUGCCGUUUCAGAUAUAGUGAUUAUAAACAUGUGGUGUAAUGAUAUUGGGCGUGAGCAAGCCGCAAAUAAACCCCUUCUGAAAACCGUGUUCAAGGUUAUGUUGCGUAUAGGUAGUCCACGUAAAACAACUUUAAUGUUUGUUAUACGUGAUAAAACAACAAAGACAUCUCAUGAAAUCCUAGAGUCUAAAUUGAGGACAGAGAUCAGAAAGAUAUGGGACUCUGUUCCCAAGCCGGAAGCCCACAAAUACACCCAUAUGAGUAAAUUCUUUAACGUUGAAGUUGAAUUGCUCUCUCAUUAUGAAUACCAGGAAAAACAAUUUAUGGAAGAAGUGGCAGAUUUGAGACUUAAAUUCAACCAAUCUAUUGCACCUGGUGGUCUAAACGAUGAUAGGAGAGGGGUUGUUCCUGCUUCAGGGUUUUCCGACAAUGCACAAAAUAUCUGGAAACAAAUCAAAGAGAACAAAGACCUUGACUUGCCUUCUCAAAUGAUUAUGGUGUCAACUAUACGUUGUGAAAAAAUUCUUGAAGAUAACUAUUCUUCCUUUGUUGUAAACUACAAGGAUUGGCUUCCAGGUUUCGGAAAGAAGCUUAGUUCACUGCUUGAAAAUUGUUUGUCCAAUUAUGAUCAAGAGGCUAUGGGCUAUGAUGCUAAAGUGGUAUCUGAAAAAAGAAAGCAAUUGGAAGAGAAAGUGGUGCAACAUGUUCUACCAGUCUACAAACUGAUGUUUGAACAGAUACAAUUUGAGGCAGUGGAUAACUUCAAAAUAGCACUUAAGGAUGCCUUGGAUGAAAAACAGGGAUUUGCUCAGGCAGCUCGUAACUGCAAAACAAAGUCGGUGGGACGAUUCAAGGAAUUAUGUGAAGAUGCCAACAUUAAUCAAGCUAAUUGGGACUCUGCUAAAAUGAGGGAUAAACUUAGCCACGAUUUGGACCAGCAUAUUGCUAAAGUUCGAACUGUCAAAAUAGAUGAAAUUACUACACUUUUUGAGUCGGAGCUUAAGGAGGGUAUAUGUACUUCCAUGGAAGCUCGUUUUGAAGAAGUCCCGAGUAACCUUUGGCAUGAAAUAAGAAAUCAUCUUAGUGUUGUAAAUGCGACAAUUGUCUCCACGUCCUAUAUUAGACUUUCUGAAUUUGAAAUGGAUCAACAAGAAAUUACAGACGUGAUUUUAAAGUUGAAUAAUUAUGUCAAAAGACAAGUUGAAAUGAUAGCAAAAACUGAAGCUGGCAAAGUAUUGGGCCGCAUGAAGAAGAGAUUUGAAGUUGAAUUCAAUCAUGAUGAAAAUACUUCAAUGCCACGCCAAUGGACCAAAAAGGAUGAUAUGUUUGAUAUAUUUCUAAGAGCAUUGGGUUCUUCUAUAACGUUGCUCAUUCUGAUGACUGCAAUUCAAUUGGAUGACGACAAUUAUGAUUCAAUCAAGAAUGAACUUUGGCCCAUACUAGAAGUGGAGGGGACAAACACUGCCCUAUUGCCCUCAAGCACAUGGGAAAAGAUUCCAGCUGCAGAUACACUUAUAACUCCUUUUCAGAGUAAGUUGUUGUGGGACCAAUUCAAAAGUGAAAUCGAGUAUAUCAUCAACAAUGCUGUUGCUUCCAAGAAAGCUUAUUCGAGUUUGAAAGCCAAGUUAGGUCGGGCUUUUUCAAACUUAUUUGCAAUGGUAGAGUUGGGAAAAAUGGUGCUAGCACUUUAACUAGAUGAGUACAAACUGGGAGGUGAUAUCCAAGACUAAUAUCCAAUUAAGAAUCACCUACCAUACUCUUCCCCGGCUGUUCAGAAAUGUGAAAAAGACAUUUAUGUUUAUUUGCAAAAUUUCACAUGUUUUAAUAAUGAUAUUGUAUUACGGUUUCCAUUUAAAAAUACUCUUUUAUCGUAUACUCAUGUUGCUGUACGUAUAAAAACAUGAUUUGUAGUUUCCUUUUAUGUUUGAUAACUCAAUGAGUUCAUCAAGUUUAUCGCGGAGGAA